AACUGUUUUGUUAAUGAUUCCUUGCAAUUAUACAAUAUUUGUUCUCUGUGUAAUCCACAGUGUAAUUAGUUUCGUGCGUGUGUCCGGAUUUUUACUGGCCUCGUUACGCAGGAAACCGAAAUUUAUGCUAAAAUAUUAUGUUUAUAUCAAUGCAGUUUAAUUUUACACGUACUUCGGUUAACACGAUUAAAAGUUGUAAAGAUGUCCGAGGAAAAAUCUGGAAAAAGUGAGGGCGCGAAAAAGACGAUAGCGUCGAAUGAAGUGAAUUUUGAGCAGAUGUCUAUUCAGGAGGGGUCUUCUACGGAAAUUAAAGGAUUAGAUGCUAACCGUUACGCGACAAAGAAGACCGUUGCACAAGGCUUGCUGGACAUAGCUUUGUUGACAUCGAAUGCAUCGCAGCUGAAAUAUAUUCUCCAAGUUGGCAGCAAGCAUGAGUUCUAUACGCUGCUCAUCACCCUCAUCACGAUAUCUAUCAUUUUACAGGUAAGCGCAGGGAUCCUGGCCCUCAUAACAUCGUCAUUGAACGCUGAUAGCCAUAAGAAGAUCACAAACUGGCUAAAUCAAAUAUCUGUAGGUCUGAUGACGGGCGUUAUUUUCUGUGACGUCAUCAAAAUGAAUUUUGGCCUCGAUCCUGCGCUAUCUGAGCAUGAUUAUUUAAAAAAUAUUAGUUUAAGUUUAACUACAUCGUAAGAGAGGGAUCUCAAAUUUUCGCACUAUAUUAUUUGUCUUAUUUUCUGUUACUUUUUUAUUUAUUUUAUUAUUAUUUUUAGGUACUUUCAUCCAUUGGUUCAGUGAUUCUUGGUUUUAUUUUCGACAUCAAUCACCAACCCCACCAUAAACGCGCCGAAAUAUUAAAUAAUCUUUAUUUGGGCACUAAAACAGUUAGCACUGUAGUAAAUGUGAUGA